AUGAAGUUGUCGAUCAAGGAUUUGGUACCUGGUAUCGAUUACGUGAAUCUUCGAAUUGAAGCGGUCAGCGAUAAAUGCGACGAGUUCAGGAAACAAGUAUCGGACCACCGCAUCGACGAAAUUAAGCCUUCAGUGAAGUGCCUGUUAACCGAAUUUGAAGAACUCCACAGGCAAAUGCUGACACUGAAAAAGAUUUUUUUGCAACAAAACGGACACGGAAGAAGAGCGUGCGAAAAGAAUAAGGGAGUACAAAAUUGCAUUCGAAAUUGCGAGACAAGCGUCGGGAAAAUCCUCCAAGAAGAAAGAACGUUAACCAGAAAGAUGAACGACAUACUCGGUAUACCCGAGAAGAAAUGGUCGGAAGAAGAAACAUGCGCUAUAUGUUACGAUGCUCCAGUAGCCGUCGUUACGAAACCUUGCGGGCACAUGAUCUUGUGCGCUAUGUGCGCAUGUCGUACGGCGACGUGUUCCAUGUGCAGAACUCCGAUCGUCGAACGUCUCAGGAAGGAUAAACUCGACGAAGGAACUGCAAUUUUCAAGUGUUAA